AUGCUUGACUACUCAGUGAGUCUCAAACAUCACCGGGAUCAACAACUCGACACUUUGAUUUUCGGACGCCCAAUCCUAGGCGGUGGUUACAAAGGUUCAGAUAGUUCGUCAAUAAAUUCAUGCAUGAAUUCCCAGGAGCAUUCGAUGAAACCACGCAAGGAAGGAUUGCAAGUGUGCGUCUGGAGUCCCCAUAGGGAUCAGGAACAGCACCAUCCUGCAAAGGUGGGACGUCCAAUUCUCGGUGGUGCUUUUGGAGGUUUUAAAGUACUCUCAACUUCUCAAGUCAAUAAUACUUAUCCUACGAAUUUAAAUAGGUUAGAUACUGACACAUUCGCGCCACCUAUUCCCAAUGUUCCUGAAGUUCUUCGUUUGAUCAGAGCGCAGCCAUUGCAGUCCAAUCCGAUCAACUUCAAUCAAGAUGAAUUUCAACAACCCGAUGGAAUGGCAGAGCUUGUAGAAGCAGCGAUGAAAAAUAUUAGAUAUAAAACGGAGCUCUGCAAACACUACAAAAGGCGAGGUUACUGUCCUAUGGGAAUCUACUGCCAAUUUGCACAUGGAAUAGAAGAACUUAGAUGUAUCUCAAGCCACCCAAAGUAUAGAACCGAGCACUGUAUUUACUUUGAAAGAGAGAGACAAUGCCCCUAUGGAAGCCACUGUGCCUUUACUCAUGCCUAUUUCUAA